CUAGCCGGGACGGGAGCCAUGGAGGACGCGUCACCCCCGACGCCCGGCUGCAACAAGCCGCACCUGGAGAAGCUGACCCUUGGCAUCACUCGCAUCCUAGAAUCUUCUCCAGGUGUGACAGAGGUAACCAUCAUAGAAAAGGCACCUGCUGAACGUCAUAUGAUUUCUUCCUGGGAACAAAAAAAUAAUUGUAUGAUGCCUGAGGAUAUGAAGAACUUUUACUUGAUGACCAAUGGCUUCCACAUGACCUGGAGUGUAAAGCUAGAUGAGCACAUCAUUCCGCUGGGCAACAUGGCAAUUAAUAGCAUCUCAAAAUUAAAUGAACUCAACCAGUCUUCUAUGUAUUCACUUCCUAAUGCACCAACCCUGGCAGACCUGGAGGAUGAUACAUAUGAAGCCAGUGAUGACCAGCCAGAGAAGCCUCAUUUUGACUCUCGAAGUGUGAUAUUUGAGCUGGAUUCAUGCAAUGGAAAUGGGAAGGUUUGCCUUGUCUACAAAACUGGGAAACCAGCAUUAUCACAAGACACUGAAAUCUGGUUCCUGGAUAGAGCAUUAUAUUGGCAUUUUCUCACAGAUACUUUUACUGCCUAUUACCGCCUGCUCAUCACCCACCUGGGCCUGCCCCAGUGGCAGUAUGCCUUCACCAGCUAUGGCAUUAGCCCACAGGCCAAGCAAUGGUUCAGCUUGUAUAAGCCCAUCGCCUACAACACAGACCUGCUCGCUGGAGAGACCGACUCCUUCAUGAAUAAUUGCCUUUACAUUUCAAGAAUUCACAUGGCUAGUAGAUUCCACGUUGGACAGUACAGAGAUGAAGAAUGUUUCCGUCGCAGAAAGUUUUUGGACAUCACUACAUCAGAAUAUUUUCAUACUGAUCAUCCUCAAAUCAGUUUAUUUUUGUUGUUAAGUAAUGUUAAUGCCCUAACUUCAUGGAUUGUAAUAUUUCAUGAAAACUUUUGA